UAUCCCAUUUCUCUUCCCUUUCUCUGUGAGACUUCUCUCUGCUAUCGCUGCAUUUUCUGGACUUUUACUUCGCAUUGGACACUAUUCUUACGACGUUCCUACUUCCCUUCCUUAGUGUAUCAGUCGCACCACUCUGACAUUGCACCUUCGCAUAACUUCUCCUCUGAACGUUGUGUUUGUGAUCAAUGUUCCGUGUAACACUCCUUUGUUUUCUUCCUUUCGCACUUGAGAGCUUGAAAUCACUGAGGUACCAAGUGGGCAUCGUCUAACUACCGUUGGUUUCGUAUCAUUGGAAGCUACUUGCUUUAUCAGCUGAUUCUCGUAGAGCAGGGGUUAACAAUUCUGAAAGAUUACUUUUUGUGCUGCUGGAUGAUUUUGUUGCUCUGAUAGGUUUGCUCACUAUGGCCGAAAACCAAAAGAGCUUGGACUCAUCUCAGGCGUUGGACACGGAAGAAUCUGCAGUUCAAGACUUCUUGCAAAUUCUGGAGGAGCAUCGAAAGAAUUGUGAGAGGCAAGGCAAGUAUGUCGAAGCGGAGAUCGCCAAGAAUCGUCUUGAAGAACUCCGUCAGCAUGAAGAGAAUAGGCGGAGAGAGGCGAUGAGGAGCAGGCAGAUUGCCGAGCGGUUGGGUGUAGAGGAGGCACACAUGCUCGAAUUCCAGCAGUUCAACGCGCUGUGGGACAAGAGGAUGGCGGAGUUUGAACAGAAGAGCGCAGACCUGGAGGAAGCAAUGAAGGAGCGUCAUGGGACUGAGCUGAUGGAAUACAUUCGAAACGCGCAGAGCGAACCUCUGAGAAAACCCAAGUUCUCAAAGGAGCUCCUGAAUCUGAGAAAGAUCCAGCAAACGCUUGCGAAGCAGAAGGAGUAUGCAGAGGCUCACAAGAUCAAACUUAAGGCAGACAACUUGGAGGCCUUCGAGCUCGAGAAGAUGAGAAAUCAACAUCAAAUGAGGCUCUCCAAUGUCGUGGAGAAGUUCAAAGCGAAGCAGACGUCAGAGCUUGGGGCCUUGAGAAAGCGAGUGCAGACGGGGCGAGAGGAGCAGAAGAAGCAGAGGCAACUCGAUCUCGAGCGGCUGCUCCAACGCUAUCAGAACGUGAAAUCAGAACUUGAAUCACAGCAGAACAUCGAGAGGAUACGCGCAGAGAAGUUCAUGAGCUAUCACCUCAACUCCAAGACUUCCGCCUCCCUCUCGCCUACAGCUAAUCGACAGAACUCGUCGGGGAGCAUCGGCCGUUGAGGGAGCCAGUUCUCAACCCACGAUCACUUCUAAUGAUGACAAGGACGAUGGUCAACUGUUGUCGGUGGGACUCCCUGCCGACUUGUUAUUUUUUAGUUCCGUUCCGGUUGCAGGACUUGACGAGCGGUGAAGGACUUGUCUCUUGCCCGUGACCUUGCUGCGCAUGCAGGAGAGGGUGGGGAGACAGUCUUUUCACUCGACUGAGUGUAUAGAUCUCAACGAGGGAUUUCUUCGAUGAAUUUUCUUAA